GCGCUAUUUACAGUAGACCCAGGCGAUAAACCCCAUCUUUUCUGGCAGCGGCUCAGUGCCUUAAUUUAAAUAAAACAAACGGUUCGCAAGCAUUUGCGGUUUGUCGCUUAAGAAAGAGAAGACGCGCGCUGACAGUUUGGCACCUGGCAGAACUGCCUGCCACCUGCACACACAAAAUAAGCACACACGCGGCGACGGGCCAAUCCUUUGGACAUGACUUGUCUUUUCUCUCCCGUUUUUGCCUGUACUUCUCCUCGCCUCGCAUAUUCUCUCGCAAGCCGGCUGCUCGUCGUCCCACAAUAGUCUAUUGCGGUCUGGGCCUCUCUAGCCUCAAGUGCCGCUGGGCUCUCUGAAUCCGCGCCUCCGCCUGCUACUCACCACCACAGUACCGCACUGGCCAGUGGUAGGUCAAGCUCGACUCGUCUGCUUAUCCGCUUGUCUUGCAACACCUUCCAAGAAGAGACAGCAAGCGUCGCAGCGCGCAAAUGCCCCGCGAGUUCCGCGUCUCACUCGUCGAUGGCGACAUGGCCCAGAGCAGGGUGUUGUUGUCGCGGACAUGAGACUAUUGGCUGUGAAAUGCGCUUUGCUUUUUGCCUUGAGAGCCACGCCGGCACAACAACCGGCCGCCGGUUGUUGAAGUAUUCCGGACGCUCAGUAUUAUAUUCUUGCCUCUCUUGACCGAUGCUAUCCAGUGCAGCUAGUCGUUGAGAGAUUUAGCUGAGUUUGUUGACAAAAGAAUACAGGGUCCAAAUUUAUCCGUAAGGGUUGGAAAGCCAAAAAGUCUGUUUUGGAACGGGAACCUGACACUGUUUCGGGAUCGCCUGCGUUAGCCGCAGCCACUUCUGUAAUGGCAACGGCCGCGAUCAUGCAGCGUUGUGGUGGCAGAUUUGCCUAAUUGGCCGUCAACUGGAGUGUGUCCAACCAACCAGCACUGACUUCACGGUGUCGCCGGUUAGCGCACAUUAGCCAGUUAAAUCGGGUAACAGCAGACGGCCGAUUUGGCGGUCAGAAACGGUGUGCGCAGAGCAUGGCGGGGGUGGUUAACGCUUGUUUAGGACAAAGCGCGAGCUGAAUAUUAUCGCAUGGAAAGGAGGGGACAUAGCAAGAUACCAGACGACGAGAAGCGAUAGAAAGGUAAAAGGCGAUAUAGCAAACAACGGUCUUGCAGGAGUCCUUUGUCAGUAAUGUGGGCUAGCGUUGGUAGUGGUUGAUUUUAGCUUUCUCUUGGCAUGUUUUGUUUGUUGCGCGCGCACGCUGGCCCCCGGAGACUGACGGGUCAGCGACGGUGCAAGCCCGAUGGAUAUGAAGCCAUCCACCGUGUGGCGUACUUGCAAUGCGCGCCAAACCUGAGCUUUGGGAGGGGGCAGUCUGGGUAUAGUGGCGAGAGCGUCACGGAAAUAAGAAAUCCCUUUUCAGCCGCGGUUCGGGUCAACAUAUGGGUGAGGGAUUCUCGCGCCACCCGCUCUCUCAACAACACACUUGAGGAAACUCUAAACACCAAACACCACGCACAAAGCGAAGUUUUUUGUUCGUUGGCUUAUCGCCGACCACGGCCACGGUAUUGUGUAUAGAGUGGUGCAGCAUAAAUUAAAGAGGCGUCAGACCUACAUGCCUGCAGCGCAGCUCCCGAGCUUACGGGUGCAACCUGCGCCAAGGCUGCACGUCACGACAAUAUCGUUCAGUGAUGUUGUUCUGGUCGGUUUACAGCAGCCCUUCUGAAUCCACUCAAUUCGUUUAUUGAAAUAUUCCACGUUCAAUGAACCCUGCAGCCUACUUUUAAGCGUAAGUUACCGAAUUUCCGAACAUUGACAGCUGCAUCCUCAUCGACAGUAUGCACAAGUGUGGGCCACACAGCACGAGUUCGCCACGACUUCAGCAUAUAAGACUAAUACCCUCGAAAUUGUCACAAGUUCGUUGUUUAAAUGAGUCGCCCACAGGCUAUCCCUGAAGAACUCCUGUCAUCCACUUCUUAUCCACCUGAUGCAGCCUCGUUUUCUGUUCGGACUGUUCCAAUGGAUCUGAUAACUGGCACCACUGGUGAAAAAAAUUAUCUGAUCAUCAGAUAAGAUGCGCUAUUGGGCCACCGCCGACCCUGCGCCAAGACAACCUAGCCUGCCUCGUUCUAACGCAAGGGUGUCAUGCCGACCCAGUUCUUUCAGAGAUAAUUUACCAGCUACCUUGCUUUCAGUGCCAGUUUAGCUGCUUCUGCUUGUAUCUUUUUUCGCCCGAAUGCCCGCUCGCUGUUCGCCGCACGGCGCUGUUUUCUCCGCACCCACCUUUCAUGCGUUUAGGUUGCUCCAUUCUACUAGCCGAGGACCACUGUGUGUAAUUGCAGACAUGGGUAUUACCGGAAACUGUCCAGCUAAUGGCAGCAUGCAUGCGUUGACGAGUAGAGCCUUGCAUGCCCGCUCCCACUUCUAGAGAAUGCUCCUUGGCGUAUAAAGAAGGCACGUCGCCACGUGCAGAAUAACCUCUUUUGGUUCUGCACACCAUCAUUAUCCAACCUUGUCGCCUGCUUCACAGAGCGCUCAGACGCCUUCUAGUGCAAGAUGGGGCUCCUAUCUCGUUUCGACUCGUCCAAGCGGGCGGACAACACUGUGACAGAGACCGUGACUCCUGUCGUUAACGAAAAACGCAGCUCUGGUGAGCAGGACAUCAAGCCAACCUCCAACCCCGAUGCUAUUUCCUUUGGAAAGAAGCAGACUGGUGUUAAAAAGGUUGAGGCCAUCACCAAAGUCUGGACGAAAUGGCAUCUGGUUGCCGCCUACUCCAUUAUUUGGUUGAUUUACUUCAUCACCUCCAUUGAGGAAAGUGUUGUCCGUACGCUUCUGCCAGACAUCACGAGUACCUUCUCAAAGCAUUCACUCUCGGCCGCCGUCACCAUCGUGUCCAGCAUCAUCGGCGGUCUAACCAAGUUACCUUUGGCCAAAAUCCUUGACACAUGGGGCCGACCACAGGGUCUUACUCUCAUGCUGGCUAUCUGGGUGAUUGGUUUUAUCAUCACCGCUGCUGCUCCAAACAUUGAGACAUACGCCGCUGCCAACGUCUUCAGUUCUGUUGGUGCCCAGGGCGUCAGCUACUGUAUCACCAUCUUCAUCGCUGAUACAUCUACUCUGCGCAACCGUGCCCUGAUGCUCGCCUUUGCUACGUCCCCUUACAUCAUUACUACCUAUGUGGGCGGCCAUGUUGCGACAUCCGUCUCUAAUGGUCCAGGAUGGCGCUGGGGAUAUGGCAUCUGGGCUAUCGUCUGCCCUAUCAUUGUCCUUCCGCUCUCUGGCCUUUUCAUUUGGAACAAUCAGAAAGCAAAGAAGCAGGGUCUCCUUGAUACAACAAAGACUCCGCUCACCUGGAAGAGAGUCUAUGACUACCUAGUUGAGAUUGACAUUGUUGGUCUCCUGCUGCUGGCUUUGGGUUGGACCCUUUUCCUGCUGCCCUUCUCAAUGUGGUCUUUCCAGGCGGACAAAUGGCGUGCCCCCAUCAUCAUCUGCUUUUUGGUAUUUGGUGUACUAUUCCUCGUUUCGUUCAUCAUUUGGGAGCGUUACUUUGCACCAGUCACUUUCAUUCCAUACAAGCUGCUCAUGGACCGCACUGUCUUCUUUGGCGGCAUCAUGUUCAUUUUUAACUUCGCGGCAGGUGCCAUUUGGAGAGGGUUUUUCACCUCCAUGCUUUACGUCGUAUGGAACCUCAGCAAAGCUGAAGUUGGAUACAUUGGUGGUAUUUACCGAGUUGGAUCUUGUUUCGCGGCGAUUCCUAUUGGUCUCAUCAUCCGCCGCUCUGGCCGAUUUAAAUGGGCUGCUACCUUCUAUGCCCUGCCACUUAUGAUUCUCGGUGUAGGCUUAAUGAUUCAUUUCCGCCAGGCGUCUCAGUCCAUUGGCUUCAUCAUCAUGACACAGAUCUUUGUUGCCCUCGCCGGUGGUCCCGUCGUUAUUGCAGGCGAAAUGGCUAUGAUGGCGCCCUCCGAUCACCAGCACGUAGCUGUCAUCAUGGCCAUUCUAGAUCUGUUCUGCAGUAUUGGUUCCGCCAUUGGCAGCGCUAUCUCCAGUGCAAUCUGGACAGGCACAUUCUACAGAGAGCUGUCUGUUCGCCUCCCUGCCGGUGCCCCAAUUGACAAAAUCUACGCCAAUAUCAACUGGCAGACCAAGUUUGCACCUGGUUCUAUUGAGCGUAUUGCCAUUCAGAACGCAUAUGGUGCUUCUCAACGUUACAUGCUCAUUCCAAGUGUCUGUCUUCUUUUCUGCGCUUGGCUUUGUGCCUGGGUUUGGCGCGAUCUCGAUCUUGAGAAGAACGACCAAGUUGAAGGCGUUGUCGUUUAAGCAGCCGCCUCCGCUCUUGGGCUAUUCUCCUCACGACGGUAUGAUUUAUAUAAUCUGAAUAAAAUGACACCCAUCUCUAUCAUCAGUAUCUCUCCAUGUUAUACUAGGACGCAGAGCGGCCGCCUCUCAGCACACAGACAUGCAAUCACAUGCAAUCGUUGAUCAUGAGAUCGUAUUCGUUUUGCUAGAAAUCUCGACAAAUUAUAGCUAAUGCUUUGUGUAAGUUUUUAGAUGUUAGUCUUGGCCAUGGUCUCUUCAGCUUCCUUCUUCCACUCCUCACGCCAGCGAGUCAGGGGAGGUCUACCAUUGACAACAUCGCCAACAGUCCAGAGCAUUCUCUUCUUGUCUGUCUCCUCCGAUACAUCGUUGUCAGGGCAGAUGACAUAGAAUUCGUCCUUUUCCAUCUUUUGGUACAAGAAGUCUGCGACUUGCUCAGGCGCCCAAGCACCCGCCGGCUUCUCCUUUGCGCCACCACCGCCAGUCUAGAAGAUAUUGUUAGCAACAUAAGAACUCAGCCCCAAAAAGCUGCAUUACGCACCAUGCCAGUAAAUGUCCAACCUGGGACGAGCAAGUGUACACUGGUAUUUGUGCCUUUGAGAUCCCAGCUAAGAUGCUCGGCAAGCGUCUUGACGGCAGACUUGGAUGCAUUGUAGGCGGGGUUGCCGGGCGGGUUCGUGAUUCCUUGCUUGCUACCCGUGAUGACGAUCGAGGUUGGCUUCGACUUGGCCGCCUCCUGGACGACAGGAAGGAAUGUUCCAACGCCAUGGAUAACGCCAAAAACAUUGGUCUCAAGAAUCUAGUUGCCAGCCGUUAGCUCUAGUUUCCAAUAUGUCGGAGCAAUACCCGUUGGUGUCAUACCUUGCGGAAGUAGUCAUCAUCACCCCAAGUUCCUCGGCCGCCGACACCAGCAUUGAGCGCCACGAAUUCUAUAGAGCCAAACUUGGAUACUGCGCUAUCCUUGAGGGCCUUCCAGUCGUCGAUGCUGCUAACAUCUGCAACCGAGGCCACAACGCGGGGCUCAUCGCCUCCCUCAGAAGCGAGCGCUGCACAGGCAGUCUCAAGAGCCUCGGCAUUUCUGUCGACAAUGAUAACAUUCAUUCCCUUGCUGCGGCAUAGCUUGGCGAGUGCGAAGCCAAUACCGGAGGCGGCACCGGUGAUGAGGGCUGUGGAACCGGCGGCGAAGACGGCGGCGGCGGUCAUUGCGUCUGGAUGGACAAAUAUCGGGUAACGCAAGAAUUAAUAGUCUCCGUACUAAGAGGUAACACAGUAGCAAUUAUCCUACUGUAUGCUUCUGUAUACCAAAGAUUUAUGGUGGAAGUUUCAAGAGGUUCGGCUAUAUGUCACCCACCAGAUGAUGAAUGAGGGGCACUGAUGACGUCGGUCACCCAUGCUGGAGCUCAGAGCUCCCACCUUUGUGGAUCGAUGAGCUUCACAAGCCGCACUGAGCGCCACACGGGAGGGUUAGGGGCGCUGUAGAGCGUUUUUACAGGGCUUCUUUGUCCAACAUGGAUCAGCGGUAGGUGCCCUGGAUUCAGCAGCGCCGUGCCCGCUAAAGAAGAGCGCUAGCCUGUGGCCAAUGUCUCUGGUCUCGUCUAGGGAUCUUCGAUCCUGAAUACAGGCACUGGAUUGGGUCGCAAGGGAAAUAUUGAC